AUGGCUGAAUCCUCAUAUGAAUCAACAAUUGAUGUAUCUUUUGCUAAUGAUAUGAUAAAAUCAAUGGCAGAUGAAAUUUCAGAAAUUUUAGAUCUCGACGAUAGUGAAAGUAAAGGUCAAAUUGUUAAUGAUUUGUUCGAAAACGGUCGACAAUCAUUGGUUAAAUAUGAAGAAGAUAUUAUAUGCGAAAAAUAUAAAGAUGUAAUGAAUGGCAGGGAGAACAAAAUGAUGUGUUUAUUAAAAAAGUAUUAUCGACGAAAAUGGGAGGAGCAGUAUGGCAAAUCUAAUCCAUGGUUUAUUUCAUUUAUUGAACAAUAUCAGAAUGGAGAAAAUCAUGAUAUCUAUGAACGUGUUUUAACGCAUGCAGCUGAAUAUGGAGAUAAAAACACAGAAAAUUGUCGAAUAUUAUCGAUUGUUUUGCAAUUUCUAUUUGAAACUAUCGAUGAUGAAUGUUGGACAAAAACAAUACUCUUCGACGAUCAAUACUUAAAAGAACAGCCUACUUCCCAUUUUCAAUAUUUGAGAGGAACUGAAAAUUCUGAUGAUCAAUUUUUAAAGGAAACCAGCAUUUGCGAUGGUCUAUGGUAUGCGAUCACAAAUGAUGGUUUAAAAUCAAUUACAAAAUAUUCUGAUUACAUUGUUCCACUCAUAAUGCACGAGCAGUUGAAUAAAAGUCAAUCAGUAUUAUUUCAGGCAUUACGUGAAUAUUAUCGAACGCAACUAUUUUCAUUGUUGAAAGAAAAUAAAAUUCCAGAUAGGCAACAAUUGUAUGACUUAGCAUUAGAUAAUGUUGCUGAACAUGGUUGGUUAACCGGCAUACAAGUAAUCCAGCAAAAAGUAGCGCCAAAGUAUUACAAAAACUUAUUGAAAAAUUUAAAUUCACUCUUACAAAAACGACAAGCGCAAGCCAAUCAAACAUUGGAACAACAAGAAGGCAAUAAAGAACACAAAGCAGAAAGGGAUAGCCUAAAUCCGGAGAAACAAGAGCAAAAGAAAUCAAUAGAUCAACAAGAACAAAAUAAAAAAGAACAGGGACAAGUGGGAAACAAAAACCCAGAGAACACGUUGAAAAAUAAAAGUGCGACGAAAAAAGAGAAAAACAAAACACAAAAAGCACAGAGUCAGAGCGAAGAUCCUAACGAACAGGGCAAAAUAAAAAUAGUAGAGAAAGAAGGAGUAAACAAAGAAUCAAACAGAGAAGAAGAAGAAGGCAAGGAACAAAAACAGCAAGCGACAUCUAAUUUGCAGGGUAUUAAUACUUGUUCGGAAAAUAAGCAUACUGAAGCAAAUUUAACAGAAACAGCUGUAGCACGUAACCAACAGACAGAUAAAGAAGGGAAACCUAAUAAAACUACUAGUGAAGUCAAACCAGAUGAUAUUAUUCCAGAGACGCUACAUGAAAAGAACAAAAUAUUUAUCAGUGGUUUACCAAAGAAAAUGCCCGAACAAGUUCUGUUUGAUACACUUUGGGAUGUAUUUUCUACUGUUGGUAAAAUUAAAAUUAACAGAAUAACAGACAAACCAUGGAUAAAUUUACUAAGACAAAAAGAUAACAAAUCUGAACUUUCUGGUAUGGCAUUCGUCACGUUCGAAGAAGAAGAAUCAGUGAUCGAAGCAAUUAAAAAAUAUAAUAAGCAAUCGCAAACAAUUGAUAGCAAUAAAAUAUUUAUCGCUGGUCUACCAACUAAUAUGUCUGAACAAGUUCUGUUCGAUAAACUUUGCGAUGUAUUUUUAACUGUUGGUAAAAUUAAAAUUAACAGAAUAACAGACAAACCAUGGAUAAAUUUACUAAGACAAAAAGGUAACAAAUCUGAACUUUCUGGUAUGGCAUCCGUCACGUUCGAAGAAGAAGAAUCAGUGAUCAAAGCAAUUAAAAAAUAUAAUCAGCAAUGCAUACCGACAUUCAAUAAUGCACGAAUUUAUGUCCAAAAACAUAAAGCGAAACAUGAAACACCAAUACCGCUUGCUACUCGCAUGCCACCCAAGCCAUUAUCACCAGUAAGAGCAGGCCCUAAUCAACCCGAUGGACCAGUAAACAUAUUUUGGGAUAUAGAAAAUGUAGCUAUUCCUGCGGGACACAAUGGCUUUAAAAUUGCCCUGAAUCUACAAAAAACGCUGAUUACCGAUCGGUAUCGAGCGAGGGGCAUUUUUAUGGUUUACUGUAAUACUAUGACCAUAUCUGAAGAGCAUCAAAAAGGCCUCGCGAAUGCCGGUGUAAAAAUUCAGCACGUUCCAAGCUCGAAGACUGGAGCUGUAGAUCAACAUAUUCUUAUGGCUCUGCAAGAAUUCGGUGUACAACAUAAAGAAUCUUGUACAAUGGUUCUAAUAAGUGGAGAUUGUGAUUUUACCGUACUCUUAAACAAGCUUCGCUUUGACUAUAAGCAUUAUGUUAUUGUCGUCCAUAAUCGACAAGCGAAAUCUGAGCUCUUACAGACAGCUAAUGAAGCUCAUCCUUGGGCAAAAUUCACUGAGAACUCCUGUGAAAGACCAAAUGUGCCGAAGGUGUUUACUAAUUCAAAUAUGGGAAGCAAAAUCACAAGAACUUCCAAUUCCCAUAAUCGCAAUGAGUCACCAAAAUGUCGGAGCUUGAUGGAUUUGAAGGUCCUUCCCCAUGCUGGUGGUAAAGCAUCAGAAUUGGUUUUAAGUGAUGCGCAUGAUUUAAAUGAUACUCAUCGGUCCACCCUACAAAAUCAACUAAACGCUUCCGAGAAAGCCAAAGUCGCGAAGAGUCGCAACCCGAAAAAAUGUGAUCGACCAAAAAAAGAGUGCCCUGGUGUUCAACCUCCGGGACCACUACUGUCAUCUGCACGUGACUUAACCAAAAAUGGUGACUUACUUUGCUUUCUCGAAUGUGACAAGAAAUUUCCCACCAAUGCAGCUCGAGUUCAACAUCAGCAAAGCAAGCACAAAAUCGGUGAACUGAUACAAUUAUCUUCUUCGAUGUCAAUAAAUAACUUGAGUGGCCAGCGUCAAUUAAGUGCCGACGGUGGUCGAUCUGAAAAUGAUCUCAUCGCAUUUGAUGAUGGUGAUGGUUAUGGCUUGUCACAAGCGAGUUCACUGUCGGCAACAAAGGAAACUAUUAGCCUUAUAUACUUGGAGGACGAUAGCAACAACGCCGAUAGAGGAGAGUGGGAAAAUUUGAGUGCUAGGGACAAAGAUGAUGAUGAUGAUGUGGACGAUAUGAAUGACAGUGAGAAUGGAGACGAAGAUGUAGGUGUGUUAAGCACCCCAUCGCAAAAUUUAGAUUCAAACUAG